GACAACCCACAGAGAGCGGUGAAGUGAACAAAGCAAAAAAAAAAAACAGUAGACAGACAUAGGAAAAUAAAAUGCCGGUACAGAAAAUUACCGGAGAGGAGUCUUUGUUUCACCAAAAUUUUGUCAGCCCCAUAGGAUAGACGCAGUGCGAUAUCAGCGUCCUGUAUUCCCUGUUUGAACUACAGGUGCUCAUUAAGGGGUGGUUUGCUCUUUUUGAUUGCAAUGAGAAAUCGGGGGUUGACUUCUAUACCGCAAGGUUCCUUGAGCGUUUCUGAAAUCUUUCAAGCCCAAUAUUCUCCGUUCUAUUGUACUGUACGAGUACCGUACAGCUGCAUGGACCUCCCUUAGUUUUUUCUUUUUCCCUUUCUUUUGGGGGAUCAAAUAAGUGGUAUCAUACGAGAACAGCUCGAUAUAAGCAUCAAACCUAUCUGAACGCUCAUGUUCCUGAUCGGCAUACCGGUAUCAGUGCUCAUGGUGGUCACGGUCACGUGGCUCAUUUGGGCAAUCGUCAUUCAAAUCUCGGGUGAAGUUGCCUGCUGCUACAAACCCACCGGCCCGUCCCCACCAACCCACAAAGACAGGCUUCACGCAGAAGAUAGACAAUACCUCCAAAAUGAAUCGUCUCUUCGGCUCCAAGAGCACUGCACCGAAACCAAACCUCCAGGGCGCCAUCUCCAAUGUGAGUCAUUCCGACGGCUACUAUUCUCUAUUUAGAUGGAGCCUCAUCCCUCACAUCAAGUCUAACAAGCUCGAAAGCUCGAAACCCGGAUCGAAUCAAUUGAUGUCCAACUCUCAAAGCUCAAUGCGGAGCUCUCCACCUAUCAACAGCGCUUAGUUAAAAUGCGAGAGGGGCCUGGAAAGAACGCAUUGAAACAAAAGGUCUCUAGAACCACCCUUUCUGGCUAAAACCCAAGCUCCAUCCUAGGCUCCGUUCUAAUUCCUUUGCUCCCAAACAGGCACUCAAAGUUCUGCAGCGCCGAAAGAUGUAUGAGUCCCAGAAGGAUCAGCUCCAACAGCAAUCCUGGAACAUGGAACAAGCUGGGAUGAUGCAAGACAAUCUCAAAAGUCCGCUUUCCUUAUUCUUAACUUUCUCCCUUGCUCCGUUGCUUGUGUCUAGAAAUAAUUUCUGUCAGGCCGUAUCCCUUUCAACAUUAGCUGCUUUAUGCUUGGUCUUGGGGCGGGGGUUGCUGAUACGUAAGGACUCCAACCCAGAUGUUAUGGUCACGGUCGAUGCAUUAAAAACCACGAAUAAAGAACUCAAGAAGCAAUAUGGGAAGAUCGAUAUCGACAAGAGUGAGUCUUUACAUAUUUCACCUAUUGCAAUAUUACCAGGCAGAGGCUUAUCCCAGCUUAUUGAAAAUUAGUCGAGCAACUGCAGGAUGAGAUGGCGGACCUCAUGGACAUUGGGAAUGAUAUUCAAGAGUCCAUGUCCCGAUCGUAUGACAUUCCAGAAGGUACUCGUCCUGUUUGUUUCACUUGCCCCUACAACUACUCUAACUGAACUUCUAGAUGUCGAUGAAUCCGAAUUAGAUGCUGAACUUGAGGCUUUGGGUGAAGAGGUAGAACUCAGUGGAGGAUGGGAUGCUGAUACGGUCGGCAGGGAGUUACCGAGUUUCUUACAGAGUGAGCCAGGGAUUCCUGAUUUCGUGGAUGAGCCCCCUACAGGUGAAAAGGUCAAGCAAGCAAUUUAGAGACACACCCUUAAACUCAAAGUUCUAGUCCCAAUUGGUUGGACUAUUUUCCGAUAAUAAAUCCAACUAUACCCUUUCCUCAAUCUGGUUUGUUGGCUUCCCCUGAAUGUAACGGUAUCCACGACCUUUUUUUGCCUGUUUGAUUGGGGUUGGUGUUCCCGGUGUUCAAUUAGGUAGAGCGGUUAGCACAGACGAGCGUUUUUAGUCUAUGCAAGAACAACAGAACCGCUUUCAACACCCAGCCUCAAGUAUUCUAAUGUUCAUAUAUCAUCAAACUGUAGCCCCUUUUACCGGCUCUUCCCUCCCAUCUUCUCUCCACCUUUCUUCUCCCUCUUUGGUCUUGGAUGCUUCAAUGGAGUCCACUUAUCAUUUCACUCCUCAUAGCAAUCUUUGUCCCUCCAGCGACUAGCUUUCCACUGCGCCACAACACCCUCUAUUGAAAUAUCAAAACCCUUC